CUCCACUUCGUUACUUCAACAUUACAUUGGUCUCUCCGUCUUCUCGGUCGUUCGGCUAACGUCACCACCAUGACAAUUACUCCCGCAACACAACCUUCGGACUGCAUGACCUUCACUAUAAAGUCACAGUCCCCAAUGGGCAUGGAAUUAGUAGGCGCCGGGGGAUCGGCGCAAGUUUACAAGAUCGAUGAGCAUGUCGUCCUUAAGGCGUUAACGGCGUAUGAACCUCCUACAAGUGAUGCCUCGCUGCAGGACUACAGGUUCUACGCCUCAGAAACCCUUUUUAGUUUCAGCUUGAUGAACGACGAGCGGACCGUCUUUCGGUUGCUUGAGCGGCUGCCUCAUCCCAACAUCGUCGAAGCCAUCGACACCGACCAUGCCGAAGGCAUUUACCUCCGGAAAUAUCGUCCUCUAUCCGAAUUCAGGGCCCCUGCGCAACCAGGCCGAAUCCUGUGGUAUCAGGACAUAAUACGGGCCCUGCUUCAUUUACACAACCUCCGUAUCUCCCAUUCAGACGUACGCAUUGAAAAUGUGCUCUUCGACACUCAGGGCCGGGCCCUGCUCUGCGAUUUCAGCGCCUCCUGUCCGUUUGGCUACCCAAAUCUAGCCUACCCACGUCCAGACCUCCCGAUCCCCCUAAAUGGCCCAGCAAAGACUAUUUCGGAUGCUACGGAUAGGUUUGCCAUGGCAUCGCUCAUAUUCCAGAUGGAAACGGGAACCCAGCCUGAACUAUCGGUCGACGACAACCGGGCCCUUGUUCUCCCAGAGAUCCGCACCGGGCACAACGGCAUCGACUCGAUGAUUCGGAAGGCUUGGCUCGGACAGUACAGCUCCACGGCCCAGAUGCUAGAGCACGCAGAAUCUCUUCACAACGAUGGAAACUGGGAUACUCAUAGUCCAAUAACGCAACCAACGUUGAGGGAUGCGUUACGGGACCGCGUCCGGCAGUGGAGGGAGGACAGGGAGAAGGAGUAUGGCUACGUGACCUACCCUUUGCCAACAGAAGAUCAAUUACAAAGUCUAGCAGAUCGUUAUGGUUGGGACGUGGAUGAAGAGGUGCAUUUCCGUGAUUAUAAAGCGCCACACAUUAUAGCCGAGGGAGAUAGAUGUGCUCUGGCGUGUGGUAACUGUCCAGAGUCUUGUAUUUAGCUUGCUUAAGAAGGUAAUUCUUUCUUAAAUAACUGCGAUUCGGGGUCAUGAAUGUACGGUCUUGAGAUAAAG